CUUCCACGAAAUCAAAAUCGCGAAAACAAAUAUGAUCAAUACCAAAACUGCCAUUUUAAUUUAGAAAAGAGCAGGAAGAGAGUUGGGAGUUAUUCAAUGCAUUUAAUGUAUUUAUUUAGAAACAGUACGAACCCCACACACUUCCUUAAGACCGACAAGCCCUGCACUCGGACACUGAGAUACCAAUCCAAUAGAGUCCCCCAAUAGAAGUUCGAGAUGCAUUCGAGUGCAGUCGUACGAACACGUUGUCAUAGUUUAGUAAGUUAAAACCAAACGCAAGAGCAACCCCUAAGCAUUUAAACGUCUCCAAUUGUAUUGACUAGGACCUCUAAGCUGUAAGUCUCCGAAAUACCCAUUACUCCACACACCACACGAGAAUAUUGUACGGACUACACAAUUACAUAAUUUUAGUAUUAUUAUACGAGUAAGGAUGUAUGUUGUAUUUACAUUUGACGUACAUUGAAUGAUUUCCGCUUAAGUCAAGUAACCAUGUAUCAAUAUUGCCGCGCGCAAGUAAAGAUUAUCGACUAAGACCCGGAAAACGCAAAAACCCAGUUGCCAGUCAAUCAUCGAGCUCCGUUGAUGGUUGUCUCCGUCGUUUGCAAAAUUUUGUCAAUAAACUUCAAGUGGUUUUAUGUACGAACGAGCGAGUCUUGAUUAAUGUUUGCGAUCUAGCAAUCCAGACUUUCUGGAUCAUGAAAAUUAGCUAUAUGAUAUUCGUAAGUAGUAAAAAUGAAAGCGUGCUUGUCGGGUGAUUUUCUCAAUUUCCUUCUUUGGGUUGGAGUUCUUUUGUUCCGACUGGUGUUAGUUGAUUGCCAGUCGCACCACUUUCUGCGUCCCUAUAACAUACUGAUCGAGCGGGACUCUUUGGCCAAGUUCCGUGAGUUGAAGCCACAAAACAGGGAACUGCAAUCGGAAACCAGGACUGAAGGCAACGACACCUUCGGAAAAGAGAUAUCCUUGGGCCCAAUAACCUGUUAUCCCCACGCAUUCACCAGAGUCUUGGUUAACGGCUCCAAGAAUGUGCCUGAGGAAUAUAUGUCCAACGAUGGGAACGACAUUGGACCCAAGGUGAAGAAGGAUGAAUGGGCGGCGUACCUGAGGAGCCAACCUGGUCUCAAGAUAUUCGUAUUUCUAUUGAUCCUUCUGCUCCUGUUGGUACCGAUCAUUGGGCUAAUCUACGCCUGCUACUGUGCGCGCUGCAAGAAGGUUCACAAGUCGAGCAAAGGUUGUCGCUACUGCUGUGGCAUUCUUUUGGCCCUCUUGGCUUUUUUAAUGCUAUUAUUUCUCAUUUUUGCCCUAUUGGCAACCAUCCGGCUGAAUAAAGGUUUGACAGGGGCUAAAAGCAAGACCUGCUUGAGAGAACACUCAAACCACAGCCAAACAAAUGAGGAUGCAAUCCGAACGGCCUCCAAACGCAUGAACCAUUCGUACAUUUUCAACUACAAUCAGUUGCGGAAGAGGAUCAAUGGAGACCUAAGACUUGAGCCCAAUGUCUCACAGGCGCAUAGUGAAUACGAGAAGCGUGCUAGGGAACUCGGGAAGCUGGUCACGGUGCUCCGCAAUAUGCCAAAGAUCAAGCCAUUAAUGAAGGAGAGGUUCAAAAACGAGUUGGCGAAAGCUCGACCUUUAGCCACUCAGUUUCGGGACGCGUUGCGUGGAGUCAAAAGGGAUCUCAUGGUGAUUCUCAUCGCGGAGUGUAAAGAAAAGGAAUGCCAGGAUUUCUACAAAAAUAAUGAUAUCGGGAUGCUUGACAUGGGAUGUUUGCAUUACGAUAGUGUACCUGAACCGGAUGGCCUUAUCAAAGCCGUUCAGGAAGUCAUUGACAGCGGGUUUAUAAACAUUCCGCGCAAGGCUGUUCAUCAAUUGGAACAGAUUUCGAAAGCGAUCAAGGAUAACGUGAAUAAAAUAUUAGACAAAAUUAGGAAGGCUCUUGAUGAGGCCGGAAAGAAGCUGCAGAAGAGGCACGAGGCAUCCUUGAUGGGGUUGCGGCGGGUCGUCGAGGAGAUGAAGAAGGAUAAACCAUUGGCUAGAUCUCAACCAGCCGCUGCGCUGGGCAGGAAGCUAGGCUCCGGCUGGUACGGAAUCACCAUCGGCUUGCUUGUUUUGCUGAUGUUCGUGAUCCUUCUGCUGCUCAUUGCUCUCCUGGUGGCUCUGUCCAGUCCGAAAAUUGCCAGCUGGCUGCUGUGCGCCUUCUUGGUAGCCGUAUUUCUUCUUUUCGCGCUCAGCAUUAUCCUGGUGCUAUUCUAUCUGGUCCACGGAGCUCUACUCUAUCAGGCCUUUUGCCUCAGGAAUCUCUCACAAUCGGUGGGGAACAAAUCCAUUGAUCCGAACGAGAUUCUCUCUAAGAACAUAACUCUUCCCCGUCCGCUGCCCACGUUGAGGGCCUCGGACAUUCUGGAGAGCUGCGUUCGCAACGAAAGUUUGUACAAGGCGAUGGGUCUGGAGGAGAUCUAUGACGUGGAUGGCCUGCGCUGGGGUGUGCUGAGGGAUGUCCGCAAUUCCCUGGAGGAAGUGAAGAACGCUUCGCAGCCCGGGAAGCUUGUCAAAUAUUACCCAGAGGCAGAGAGAGCGGCCCAGAAGUUGCUGAGGGGCAAGAUCAACAGUUACAGCAGUAAAAACUACACGAAGCACGUGUGUCGGGAACUGGUGCCGAAACCCAGGCCGGGACCUCUGCCUGCGUUGGCCAGGAAACUGGACAACCUGGCCGAGAAGGUGGAUUCCGGAGUCGCGCUGAAAAAUCAGGCAACUCACCUGCGCGCCUAUCAGUCAAACCUCGGCGAUCCCUUGGCUGCGAUUGUGGAGAAACUGAUGAAUAUGCUGAAGCUAUUGGAUCUCCUUCUAAUGGGUGAAUACCGCAGCUUUGCCGAUUACAUAAAACACUUGCUGGCCAAGAUCAAGGAGGGCGACGAACUCAUCCGACGCGAUGUAAGAAAUGUGACCGCUGAGGUGGCCGACAACGUCGGCAAUAUUGUGGAGUCCGCCCUGGAUGAGUUCGUCGUCACGGUGACGGAGGCCACCGAGGGCGAUAUGGGGAGCUGCGGGCCCCUCAUCCGGGACGAGGUUCGGGACAUGAAGGAGUACUCCGAGCUCUGCAACCGCAUUGCCAAGCCAAUGAAUGCCAUCUGGUUCUGGCUGCUGCUGUUCUCCCUGCUCCUUCUGCCCGCCCUUUGCUGCACGCACUUUCUGAGGUGCCGACUGGCAUCCCUGGGGAGCACGGCGGAGGAGAACUUCGUGACGCCUGUAAUGCUGCCGAUGAACUUGCCCCCCUGCUACUGUAAGUACGUUCCCGUUGCGGCGGAGACGAAUGUGGAUCACCUGGAGGGCAGGGACGACUUCUACGUGGAUCAAUUCAAGCGCAAGCGGGAGUAAAUCCUU